AUGCCGACUUAUGCCGAAGUAUUGGACAAAGCCAUUCAGGCCGAAGCUAAUUUGAAUCGAUACCAGAGCUCGGGAGAGAACCAGCGAAAAAGGCAGAACUAUGACAAUCGCCGAGGACAGCUGGGCACCAAGAAGAGAACGAACAGGGGCAGUACUAGUGACUUAAGACAGGAAGGGAGUACUAAGCCGACGUGUUCGGACUGUGGAAAGCAACAUUUCGGGAUCUGUCGUCGGACGUCUGGAGCCUGCUAUGAAUGUGGCGAGAUGGGCCAUUAUGUAAGAGAUUGCCCCAAGACAAAAGCUGAAAACAACAAGAAGGGUGAGAAUACCUCGGGUUCCGUUCAGAAGGGAAACACUGGGAAAGGAUAG